UGAUGGUGACUCCGCAACUAAGUCCGCGAUUUCAAUUCGUGGUCUUCCUAGAAAAUUUUCUAUAUUUAAUAUUUGAUAAAACUGAGAAUAUUUAAUUUUCUCCACGAGACGAUGCGUGUCUCAUGCUUACUGUACGUAGAGUUACUUACGGGCUGCUACGGCACCUUGAAGCUCCUCUUCUGCGCGUCGUCGUCUCGCCCCGUAGUUUCGCUCAAGAGGCGCCGCACGACGAGGCGGUAGCGGCUCAACCCUGGCUACGUGUUUUACAACUGUAAAAAUAAAUAUAAUUAAAUAAUAUCUAAAAACACUUACAUUAAUACGGUCAAUUUUAAAUUUACAUCAAAUUUACUUACCUUCUCUUUGACGCAAGAAGUCAGCUAUAUGACCCCCCGCAUCAUUUUCAAAAAACGCUUUAUUCUGUUGUCGCGUUUCAACGUGACGUCGAAUUAUAUUUUCCAACGUCACGUUGCCAUUACAGUGCCCCAGCCUGUGCAUAACACAUAGCAAUGUGCUGGAGCACUCCUUAGCGAACUUGUCGAACAAUGCGUAGUUCGACGCGUCAUUGUCACGCGCUAUCUUCUUAAAAUAGUGACCCUUCACUAUUUUAUUAUUAAAAUUACACGCCACGAUAAAAAAUUUAACAAUAUCGUCGCGCAACAUUUUCACUAUUUUCACUUUUUCACUCGCAAUAAAAAUUGCACUUACAACGUUUGUCGUACUACAACGAAAAAACUCUCGACUUAUAACUGGAGAGUACGAAAGCCGAACUAACGCUUAGCUUUCGUGAAACUUAACAUUUAUACGCUGCAUCUUCCAAAUAUUUCAAAAGCGAGGAAAAAGAAAAUGAAUUUAUCUCGACAACUCAGCCUUCUUUCGAAUUCUGAUUUUUCUAGUUAGUCCUAUCUACUGUUCUGUUUUAUUGCUAGACAAAACCCUCGUUUCGUAGAUUCAUCUUAUAGUAGAUAAUGUUUCCUAUUCUUUGAUUAGAAAAAAAUCAUACUCUUGUCAAAAGUUGACAUUUGAAAAAAAUCAGGCUAAAAGCCAAACCUUAAAAAUUCUUCUAACAAAAGCAUAUUUUUGACAUUCUUUCCUGUCGAUAAAACGAAAGGCUCGAUAAAAGUUUAAUCUUUGACUCCCUAUCUAGAAAAAAUCACGCUCACCGCAAAGGAUGAUAUUUUUGAUAACGGAAGUGAAGGAAGUCAUUUAUCUGGAAAAAGUCACUGCGCGCGCAGACUCGUGUCUAUAUUGUUGCAACGUCGCAAACAGAGUCGACGUGGUCAACGAUACCCCGUACUGAAAAUCAUUCAAGUCUCCUCGUUCGAAGUGUUAACUUCGUUAGAGAGUAACCUUGUGUUUUUAUUACUGUUAGUCCUGUUACUUUUCAUCAGUUUCGCCGUUCGAUAGAACAAAGUAAAAAGAAGAAGAUGGCUAACCAGCAAGCUAGUAAUAACUCUGCAAAGCGAACAGGGAUUCCCGAUAUCAGCGAGAUGCAUAACGACGAGAGGAGAAGCGAACGCUUUCCCAUGUUACUGACAACAACGUAUGGACUCAACAAUUCACAUACGAAAAGGAUACUCGUGGGACUGCAAACUACUAAAAAGGGAAUCUUUGAGCCUGUAGUGAAAUUAAGCGGGAGCAACGCUGACGGAGUAUAUUUUGAUGCGGAAUCGUGGCUGCAAUUUCAAGAAAACAUGGGAGUUAUGAGCGACUACUUGAACGCGAAUAACAAAUUCAAACCGGAACCUGUAGUAAUAAAAAAUAUCUCAGUCAUCUUUACCUCAUCCUACGGGUCAAAGUCGCUAUUGUUGACGUACAAGGAGAAAGAAAAGUCAGAUUCUGCGGAAAAUACCAACGAGGAGGGCGAAGAUUCAGCACCACCGAUGAAGAAACGGAAACUCUAUGCCGUAGCAAUCGUGAUGCAGAAAACUACCUUCCUGGGCUUGGAGAACGUAAUGAAGUGCGUGGAUGCUUAUUUAGAACAUUUAAAAACUUUAAGCAAUAUCGUCAACGAGUGCGCUCACUAUUUAAUCAAAGAAAUAGAAUUGAAACUACCGAAAAGUUACGUAGAUCGCGAUAUUAUAAAACUAACGUUAAAAGGAAACUAUAGUGAAAUCGAACGCGAUGUACGUACUCAAAUUAAGGAUUUAACUUUUCUUGAUAUGUACUUUAAUAUAAUAUUUUUAGAAAUAACUUUACUGCGCUUCGACGAAAUCGUCCAUAUAAUUCUGUCAAAUCACAGGUCAUAAUUUGUACAAUUUCAUGAUAUAAACGCACUCUUUUGCAGCGUCAUAUUUAAUCAUGCAUUUUUUAAAAAGUAUAAAUCUUCGUAUGAUUAAUGUAAGAAUAAUAAUAAAUAGUUUGUAAGAUUGAUGUAACAAUAAUAAUAGUUUCCACAAAUUUUUUCUUUAUAAUAAAAGAAAAUGCGUGAUGAAACCAUCUGUAUGCUACCCCAUUCAAUCAUGUAACUUAAAAAUGUAAGAAUAUACUCGUAGAUGUAUGAAAAAAGUUGAAUGUUUCAAUAAAUACUCUUUUGUAACUUUAAAAACCGAAUUAUUUUUUCACUC